AGUAAAAUCUUAUGCCCAACGUAAAUAAGACCACAGUGGGACCCAGAAAGACACAUUCUUUCUCAAGGACAGUGUAAACAGAGGGGGAGGGCGACAGAGGGAAGAAGAAGACAUGCCAUAGCCACUUGACAACUCCUUCACGAAGCAGGAACACAGCAUUUGACUACCUUUAGGAUGAACCACAGACUGCUGGCAGCUAAGCGCAACAGCCGACCCGGUGACACCAGCAGUCCCGGCAACAGGAGCCGGGACAACCUGUUUAUGUAUGAUGAUCUUGGGGAGGAAUAUUGUUGUCCUGGACGAUAUCUUGGCAACCACAGCAGCUUGGAAAAGCAGCUUGCGGCUCGUCUCAGCACUGUUAAAAGACGCCAGGCUCUGAGAGGUCCCGCCUACAUGUUCUGUGCUCCCUCUGUCAGUCUGACAGAGGUCGAGCAGCGCUUCCUGGAAGCAGCUGAAUAUGGCAACAUACCAGAGGUACGCCGGAUGCUGCACCACGUACCCAACCUGAAUGUCAAUGCGGUGGACUACAUGGGCCAAAAUGCAUUGCAGCUGGCUGUGGCCAAUGAGCAUUUGGAGGUGACAGAGCUGCUGUUGGGGAGGGCAGAUUUGUCCAGAGUGGGAGAUGCUCUUCUUUUAGCCAUCAGUAAAGGCUAUGUCCGCAUCACUGAAGCAUUGCUCGGUCACCCUUCAUUUAGAGAUUCCCGACGUCUGACAGCCAGCCCCGCUCAAGCGGACAUGUUGGAUGAUUUCUAUGCUUACGAUGAAGAUGGGACGAGGUUUUCACAUGACGUGACUCCGGUAAUCCUUGCAGCGCACUGCCAAGAAUACGAGAUCGUUCACACCCUUCUGAGCAAAGGGGCCCGCAUCGAUCCUCCUCAUGACUACUUCUGCAGCUGCAACUCCUGCAACUAUCAGCAGCAGUAUGACUCCUUCAGCCACUCGCGCUCAAGGAUCAACGCCUACAGAGGACUUGCUAGUCCUGCAUACCUUUCCCUGUCCAACGAGGACCCAGUGCUGGCAGCUCUGGAGCUCAGCAAUGAGCUGGCCAUGCUCGCGGACAUCGAGAAAGAGUUUAAGAAUGACUACAGUCAGCUGUCCAGCCAGUGUAAGGACUACGUGGUGGGCCUUCUGGAUCUGUGUCGCAGCACAGAGGAGGUGGAGGCCAUUCUGAACGGAGAAACAUCCUCUGAGCACAGCUACGACGACGUAGGCCGGCCCCCCCUCACCAGGCUGAAAUUAGCCAUUAAAUAUGAGCUCAAGAAGUUUGUGGCUCAUCCUAACUGCCAGCAGCAGCUGCUGAGCAUCUGGUAUGAGAACAUACCUGGUCUGAGACAACAAACCACAGGUGUAAAACUGCUGGUUGUGUUGGCGGUGGCUAUUGGACUGCCGGUUCUGGCUGUAGCUUACUGGAUCACUCCAAGCAGCAGAGUUGGUAAAGUGAUGCGCAGCCCCUUCAUGAAGUUUGUGGCCCAUGCAUCCUCUUUCACAAUUUUUCUGGGACUUCUCAUUCUGAAUGCUGCAGACCGUUUUGCAGGAACCACCUUGCUGCCCAACAUGACUCACCAUCAACAACCCGGGGCUUCACAAAUGAAGUUGGACCCACAGCUUCUCCACCGCACCAUCACUACACCUUUCACCUGGAUGGAAAUCCUCAUCAUCUCAUGGGUCACAGGCAUGAUCUGGGCUGAAGUGAAAGAGAUCUGGAGCCAGGGACCAGGGGAGUACCUGGUUGAACCAUGGAACUUUCUGGACUUUGGGAUGUUGGCGAUUUUUCUUGCGUCCUUCAGCUGUCGGUUCUCUGCCAUGAAACACGCUGACAUGGCCCAGACCUAUGUGUACAAACACAACAAAACUCUGCUCCAACUGCCCCCAGAAAUCCAUUACUUCACUCAGGCAAGAAUUUACUGGCUGCCGUCUGAUCCUCAGCUCGUUUCAGAGGGCCUUUACGCAGUGGCCGUGGUGCUGAGCUUCUCUCGGAUCGCUUACAUCCUCCCUGCCAAUGAAAGCUUUGGUCCACUCCAGAUUUCUUUGGGGAGAACGGUGAAAGACAUCUUCAAGUUUAUGGUCAUCUUUCUACUGGUCUUCUUAGCCUUCAUGAUCGGCAUGUUCAACCUGUACUCAUAUUACCUUGGAGCCAAACAGAACGACGCUUUCACCACCCUGGAAGAGAGCUUUAAGACGCUGUUCUGGGCCAUAUUUGGAUUGUCUGAGGUCAAGUCUGUUGUCAUCAACAAUGGGCACAAGUUCAUAGAGAACAUUGGCUAUGUUCUGUAUGGGGUUUACAAUGUUACCAUGGUGAUUGUGUUGCUCAACAUGCUCAUUGCCAUGAUUAACAGCUCCUUCCAGGAAAUUGAGGAUGAUGCUGAUGUUGAGUGGAAGUUUGCUAGGGCAAAGCUCUGGUUCUCUUAUUUUGAAGAGGGACGGACACUCCCGGUUCCCUUUAAUCUGGUUCCAAGUCCAAAGACCGUACUGGGCCUUUCCAUGGCGCUGAAGUCCCAGCUCCUGCAGUUAAAAGAAAAAUGCAAUGCCAGCAAAACUGAAAUACAACUCACUCAGGUUGGAGACAGAAAACAUUCUGGGUUUGGAGGUUCGACCAGUCCUACAAGAUACCAAAAGACCAUGAAGCGCCUGAUCAAGCGCUACAUCAUAAAAGCCCAAGCAGACAGAGAGAGUGACGAGAUCACUGAGGGUGAACUGAAAGAGAUCAAGCAAGAUAUCUCCAGUCUGAGAUAUGAGCUGCUGGAGGAGAAAUCCCAGAACUCUGAGACGCUCGAUGGACUGUUGAGGAGGCUGGGAGACAUGAGUUCAUCGUCCUUGUAGCAGCUCAUGCUAAGUCAGCUUUCAAGAUGGAUGUUGUGCAUUUUAACCCAUCGGUACAGAUCGGUGGAUUGUAAAAAAGAGCAAAGGCAUUGAGCAGCUUCAUUUUUUGUGUUCUACAAUCGCACUGUAAGAGUCCAGCCUUUCUGUGCAUAGUCACAAUUGUUUAAAAGCCUGUUGUGACGACUUGAAAAUAAAUGUGAGUCAUGAUCCUGGCUGUUCUGAAAGUAUGUAAGUAAAAAACCAAAAGAAAAACCUUUAAAACAACGACAUUCUGUCUGGAGGUUGAAAAGAUAUAACACAACUUUUACUUUUGUGACAAGUGUCCUUUUCUGUGCCUGUUGCUUGUUUUUAUUUAAGUUAUUUUCUUUUCCAUCUCUGUUUUAAAGACCCACUCUGAUUAUCUUUGGACCUAUUUUAAAAGUGUUCCCAGUGGUGAUUUAAUUGUGAUUAUGUCGUCUUUAUUGAAAAAGUAAAAACGUAAUUUUCUAGGACAUAGUUUCUGUAGAGCGGCAGUAGUUCAUUAGUCCCCCCUUCCCAAUUGUAGAGCUUAUGGCCUGCCCAGUGUAUAUUCUACAUCACAAAUACAAUUCUUUUCCCAA